UUGACUAGAUCAGUAGUAACUGCGAACAUGGAGCCAGUCUCACAUCUCGUUAAAGUGUCCAUUCCUAAUUAUUUAGCUGGAUUACCUAUUCCGGAUUCUAUAGGAGGAUGGUUUCGACUUGGAAUACGAGACUGGUUCGCUUUGGUUCCACCGACUGCGAUGUUAGCUGGCAUCGGUUAUAUGUCCUAUAAAGCAUUUUGUCCUUUAGCUAGAGGAGGAUGCGGACGUGUAAAUCAUUGUAUUAAAAAAGAUGUAAAUAAGGUGGUAGACUCUAUUGAUGUAGAAGAUAUAACUGAAAAAGCUGUAUUUUGUCGUUGUUGGAAAUCUGAAAAUUGGCCAUACUGUGAUGGCUCUCAUGGACGUCAUAAUGAACAAACAAACGAUAAUGUGGGACCUCUUGUAGUUACAAAAAAGAAAGAUUAAUGGGUGAUGAGCAUUAUAAAACUGUAAUUGUAUACUUGCCAGAUACAGUGUCAUUAAUAACCAAGAACAAAUAUUUCUGCCACCAGCAUUGUAGAUAUUUCAUAGGAAACAAAAAUAUACAAAAAAUAUUAAUGUAGAUAAAUGUUGAAAACCAUAAAGAGAAUAAUAUAUAAAGCAGGAUGCAAAAUACAUGUUUGUUACUUAUAACUAUUUUUUAAAAUGUGAUUUAACAAAGAUAUGAAUAAAUAUAUCGUUGCGAAAAUGAUUUUCAUCAAUAACCGAGUAUGUUGUGAUAUACGAAAUGUAUGUAAUCGAUAUUACUUUUUAUAUGCAUAAUUUUUAUGAAUAAUUAAUAUAAUUCCUUGGAAAA